AUGGAAGUGGAAGCAACGAGUCUCGGGCAUGCUGCCUUUGCGCCUCAUGACUACGAAACUCCCCAAGCACCUUCGCCCUCUCCCCUGAACUCGCCAUGGCCCGAACUGGCCGACGUGGACACGGUCAACGAAGGCACGACUCAACCCGACCAACAACCAAGCUUCGCGCCGCAAAACCUCCAGGACGACACCCAAGCAGCCAGGGAAACGAACCUGAGCACCAGGACGACGCUCCCGCUACGGCUGGGCAAACAGACCAGGCCCAGCCAGGAGCUCUCCCGCAGACACAGACGCAGACUGAGCAGCAANACACACUCCCCGACACAAGAGAUACAGCCGAAGUUGCCUGAUCAAACUGUGCUAGACAACCCGGACCUACCACAACCGUUCCCUCCGUAUGAGACCACCGACCAUCUGGACCAGUCGGUCGAUCCUUUNGAUCAAUCGCAGCCUCUCCAACCACAGACCCCGACCAAAGACUACUCCGAACUCGCAAAUGCCGUCGCCGAUUUGAACUUGCCGACGAGCUCUCUUUUUCCCGCCGACCUUGCUCUCGCCUCGUAUGAAGCCGAAGAGGCCGCUCCUGUACAAGACGCGCAAAACGAUCCCAUGCAAGCUUUCGCGAAGCUGCAGUUUCCCGAUGGCGACUUCUAUGUUAAUACCUAUGCGGUCGAAUUGGGUCGUGAUCUGAAUGCUGCCAAGUUUGAGCGAAAGGCAGGCCGGAAACACAAGAUGAAGUUGAAUCGAGAUGUCCAGAUGGAACAAGAUGCCGAGAUGGAUAUGGACGAUGAAGGCCGCAACAUUGCGCGCAGCAACGUCAGCGAAAGUGGUGGUAUCGUUGGUGUCAACAUUGACUAUGACAGCGAAGAGAACGAAGAAUCGAAACGCCGCAAGCGCAAGCAGUUUCGCUCCACCAACUCAUCACACUCUGUCGACCCUACAUCCCUCCUCGCCAACCCCUACGACCUUUCGCUCGACUGGCAGCCACAACAGGACAAGCCCUUCGAAUACGAAUGUCCUUUCAUUCCAAUCCAUCCCCAGGCUGGUCAGUCAUUCAAGAACAUCUCGCGUAAACACAUCCGUAUUGAGUACAACCUGCAAAAGGCCUUCUGGGAGAUGCUUGUGAACGGCAGAAAUGGCGUGUUCCACGAUGACAGCCACGUCGACAAGGGCUCUCUGGUCAAGCUACAUCACGGAAGUGAGAUUCUCAUUCAAGGCAUCACCAUCAUCUUCAAGCUUCCGGACAACGCCCGUAACGAGGACGAAGAGGAAGAGCCAGCUCACAUCCUCUCUGACACGGACAGCUCCCUCUCCGAUCUGGACAGCGUCGCUAGUGUUACCUUCGGACACGACUAUGAGGAGGAAGACGUUUCAUCCGAAGACGAGCCUCUACGCCUCAAACGACCUGUGCAGAAGAAGGAGCGACCUCGAAGGAUUGUCAAGCUCAAACUAACUCUCAAGAAGAACUUCCCUGCUGUUGCUGGACUGCCCGUCGAAAAGGAAGAGAAGAAGGAAAAGGAAAAGGAGAAAGAGAAGAAGAAAGAGAAGGAGAAGAUUAAGGAAAAAGAGAAAGAGAAUGAAAAAGAACCUGAAAAGGAGAAGGAAAAGGCACCCGAGAAUGCCAAAGUCAAGGAGAAGGAGAAGGACCAAGUGAAGGAGAAAGAGAAGGAACGAAGACCGUCCAAGUCUGGCAAACAGUCCAUCAAGACCGACAAGCCUGCCAGAGUGGAAAAGGCAGAAAAGAUGCCCAGAACACCCAAGAUGGACAAAGUCGAGAAGCCAGUGCAAAAGGUCCCUCUGCCCGAGAAGAUAGAGACAAGCGACAAGGUCGAAAAGCCAAAGGAUGUACCACCUGUCGAAAAGACAAUCGUCACACCCAAGCAGCCCCAGGUCGUCCCGCCAGUUUUCGAAGACAGAAGGGAAUCCGCUAUAUCCACUACCGAGAUGCCCCCUCCAUCCCAGCCAGCUGACAUCAAGCCGUCAAUCGAGCCUGANCUCUUACGAAGCUCUGCAGGCCCUGCAGGUGACGCCUUCCCAAACACCCCUGCCAUUCCUACAGAUUUACCUCCUGGUUCCAUCCUUGCUGGCCUAGCUCCAGAGGAAAUACCUCAGAAGCGCAAAGGCCCUGGACGACCUCCCAANAACGGUGUCAUGUCUAAACGCGAUGAGGCCAUCAUCAAGCGAAAGACAAAAGAGUUGCAAAAGCUUGGCAAGGCCAUUCCACCACUUGCUGAACUCUUGGCCCUUGCCAGAGCCGAAGGCGGAAGCACUACCAAGAAAGAUUCCAAACCAGAAGACGGNAAGUGGGGAGAACAUCUCAGUCAAUCUGUUGAGAUCGACCCUGCACUCAUGGCCAUUCAAGAGCACAACAACGCCACACCUUCGGCCGAAGUCAAGACUGAGGGAGGCCUCAUGGUUGCUCAGCCUACACCAGACAAGGACGCGAACAAGCCCAAGAGGAUAGUCAAAUCCCCAUCUCCCCAGAAGCCUGAAUCAGAAUAUACCGAGGAAGAGCUCAANAAACCAACGCAGACCUAUGUAGUUCUGAUUCACGAGGCUCUGUCGAAAGCCCCAACAGGUGUGAUGGACCUGCAACAGAUCUACGAUGCUAUGCAGAAAAUGUACCCAUGGUUCAAAUACAAGAGUACAACCUCCGGGUGGCAGAGUAGUGUCCGACACAACCUCAUCAGCAGCGAGGCUUUCGAGGAGGCUGGCAAGAUCGGCAAAGGCAGGCUUUGGAAGAUCAACCCCAAUGUCUCAAUUGACAAGGAGAAGAAGCGAAAGGCUCCAACGCCGCCGCCGGAUAACAGACCUGCUCAGCAACAGCAGUAUCCCUACUAUCCGAACAACCAGUACCCGUAUGGCCAUCCUGCAGCUCCUGCAUACGGAGGUGCAUAUGCCAGACCAAGCCCUUACGGCACACCCUAUGGUCCGCCAACCGUGCAGAACGCGGCACGGCCGCCUGUUCCAACGCCGCAGCAAAAGCCUGGUACCUACUAUUCUCCAUAUGCAUCAACCACGCCAGGUGCUGCCGCUGCUGGCUCGCCGUAUGGUCCUCCGAGCAGAGCACCGUAUGCUCCUUACCCUCAACCCCUCGUCCUCCGGGUAUUGCCUAUGGCCAACCGCCACAGCCACCGGCACAACCCGGUCAGCCGCAAGCAUCGACGCCGCAAGGCCAAGCACCUGGGGCGCCACAAGGUCAACCACAACAACCUCAACUGCAGCCCGGUCAAGCUUCUCAUCUACCGCCAGGGCAGCCUUAUCAGCCAUCGAGUCAAGCCUCAACCUCCUCGACCUGUGAUGGCCCCAGCGCCUGGUCAGGCCCCUCCGCCGCCACACAAUCCGAGUGGGAUCACUUCUGAAAAGAUGAUUGACAAUAUCAUGGAUUACCAUAAGAGGUAUCUAAGCAACUUCCAAGGUCCAGAGCAGGAAAAGCACAGAGCGAUCUUCCGCAAGGCCACCAACAGACACAUUCGCCGUGAUCAAGAACACGGUCCGUUUGAGUCUGAGGAAGAAGAAAAGCUUUACAAAGCUAUUCAGAACAUCAUCACCUCUACACAGGCAGAAACGGCACCCUCCGCUCCUGCCCAGCCUCAGACGAAUGGUCAGGGCCCUGUUCAGGGUGGGCCACCGCAAGGCCAGGCGCAGCCAGGCGCCACACAACCAGCGCCAGGUCCAGCUUCACAACAACAGGGUGCGCCUGGACAACCACCUCAACAGGGUAUGCCAGGCUCGCAGCCCCCUAUGGGUCAACGGCCGAACAGCGGCCCUCAUCCUGUUCACCAAGGAUCUAGCUCAGAACAGGCAUUGGCCGAAGCGCUCAAGACGGCUAUGCCUGGUGCGCAAACCUUCAGGCAAGGUCCACCGAUUGCUCCUUACCAUCCAGGUCCGAUCGCACCCAGACCCAGCCCGUACGCACAGCCACAACCGCAGCAGCAGCAAAGGAUGCAGCCUCCAGCAGGACAGCAACAGACACCUCACCCUCGCCCUAAUCUCGCGCCGACACCGCAAGUGCAAGCACCGAGACCGACAUUCACUGCGCCGUCGCCAGCUCCGUCCACUGCAACAACAACGGCGACCCAGAAUCAGGCCUCAAACCCUGCCGCGUCAAGACCUGUUGCCUCUGCUCCAGCUCAACCGACACAACCGUCUCCUGUGCCAACCCCAAACCAGUCAGCUCAACAAGCUCCUGCGCGUGUUCAGAAAUCUCCUGCGCCGGCACCAAUGGCUCAAAACGCGCCUGUCCCUCAAUCUGUUCCUGCAGUUCAACAAGCUCCGGCGUCCACACCGUCGCAGACACCCACACCUGCUCCUUCGGCACAGCAACAAUCAUCUGCGACUAUACCUCCAGCCACUACACCAGCUCCAGUGGCUCCUCAGACACAAGCCGUACAGCCGCAGGCUCUCCCAGUUGCUCCCCCGCGCCGGCACCCGCAAAACAGACGCCUCCCGCAGAUCCAAACGCACAUGGAGGAUUGA